CAUCACAGCACAGAAAGAGGGAAAAAAGAACUCACUUCCUCGGUGCUUCAUUAUCUAGACUAGUCAGCACCUCAACACGGGCUCCAUCGGCGGAGAACAGAAGCCAUGAAAAACUCACUUCUUUUUCCUUUUCCUGUUGCUAUUUUUCUCCUCAUUCCUGCAGUUUUUCUAGACUCCUGCGAGGGAAUUAUAGGGGGAAAUGAAGUGCCACUUCACGCAAGACGCUACAUGGUCCUGAUAAAAGGGCUGGAAACUUGUGCAGGGGCUUUGAUCAAAGACAACUGGGUGUUGACGGCUGCUCACUGUGACCUAAAAGGAAAACCUCAAAUUAUUCUUGGGGCUCAUACUGCAUCCAAUAAAGAGAAGCUUGAGCAAGUAUUUUCCAUUCAAAGAGCAAUUUCCUAUCCAUGCUACGACCCAGAGACAUUUGAAGGGGAUCUUCAACUCAUUCAGCUGAAUAAGAAAGCAACGAUCACCAAGGCUGUGGGAGUGCUUGACCUGCCCAACUCAGGGGAUGACGUGAAACCUCACAGCAAGUGUCAGGUAGCAGGAUGGGGCAGCACCAAAAAAGACUCGUGCAAGAUUUCCAACACCUUGAGAGAAGUCAACAUCACCGUGAUAGACAGAAAAAUAUGCAAUGAUGCAAAACACUAUAAUCUCAAGCCAAUUGUUGAAAACAGCAUGAUCUGUGCUGGUGGUAAAAAAGGAGAAGACGAUUCAUGCGCUGGGGACUCUGGAAGCCCACUGAUCUGCAAUAACAUUUUCAAGGGUGUUACCUCCUUUGGGAAAUGUGGUAGCUCCAAGAAGCCUGGAGUCUACACUCUCCUUACCAAAAAAUACCUCAACUGGAUUAAGAAAAUUAUUGCAGGAACCAUCUGAUCUUCCUUCUUCAAAGCAGCACCUUGGAGAGAUCAAGAAAGGGAGUUCUAACUUGACCUAUCCCAAGAAGCAGCUCCACAACCGUGCUAACUGUGUGUGCAAAUGACAGCCAAUCUGAACUAAUUCGCCAAUAAAAUGGGUGGCUUCCUGCUUUCGUGCAAGAUCAGCCUAGAUUCUGUCAGCAUGCUUGCUCGCUAGCCACAGUAAAAGAUGCCCUUAAGAAAAACUUUCUCAGCUCAGUGCCUUUUGACUUUAUUCAGAAUUUGAGAACUGUCACUUUCGUGUUUGCUGUCCAAGGCAAGGUGCUUCAUUGUGGCACAGUAUGUUAAACUGUAGCUUGUGACACAGGCAUUCCUUAUUAGAGUGAAGGUUCAAGUCCCAGCUGCUCUGCCUCUGAUCCAGCGUCUUGCUAAUACUCCUGGCAGGCAACAUUUGGCAACUCAAUUACUUGCAACCCUGCCACUCA